AUGCACGGCUGUUAAUAUAAGGCAACUAUUGUUUGGCAAUAAUUGCUACAAGAACGAUAAGGAUAGGUGCAAGCUAAAAAUGUUCUAUUUGAUAAUAAUAAAUUUUGGGACGUUACUUAAGACUCUACCUAGUCAAACAUGAAGUACAAGCAGCAAAAUUAAGGAAAGUAUCAUGAAAAUCUUCACAAACUAUACAAUUUGCUGUAAUAAUAAGUUAAGCAGAGAGUAGUUUAUUUAACAAAUGUCAUAGAAGUUCGAGCUGAAACCACUAAACGUGGUGAACAACCAUUUGCAUCAGUGACAAUAUUAUGAGGUUUAUCGUGAGAGCGAUUCAAUCU